UGGCCCGUAAGUGAAGAAAACCCCACAAACUUUCACGCAAUUCGUCAAAGAUCUCAGUUUGCUGCUUUACGCAAUUCGUAUCCUAAUCUGCUUCCCUGUUCUCAAAUUUUCAGCUUUCUUGUGAUAUUUUUUGCUUCGCCGGUUUACGUUCAAUAGCAACAGAGAAAGGUUUCAAGGUCCUAAACAUUGCACUGAUUUGAUAAGGAUAGGCUUUAUUUGUUGUAGGAGAUGAAGAUAUUGGACGGCAAUGUUAAUGCACUUACAAAUUUUGAGGUCCUUGAUUUCUUACGAGCUAAAGGAGCUUCAAAAGAUCCAACAAGGGUUAUUGCCAAAGUAGCUCUAUCCGAAUACAAGGUUUAUGAUUAUUUGGUUAAUACCGCAGCCUGUUGUCAAACAAGGGAGAGCGUCAAUGAGUUUUUGACAGCUAUUAAACAGUUUGAGGUGUCAAAGGCUGAGAUGCUGAACAUAUUAAACAUCAGACCAGCACAUCCCGUUGAAUUAUUUCCAAUCAUAGAACAUGGUCGUUUACCUGAUGAUGUGACAUCUGAAAUAGUAAGGCUGGUGAAAACAAUAUUGCCAGCACCGCCCACCGAAGCGACGUCAGAAGAAAUUACCGAGGGUGGUGAAGAAGGUAAUGAGAUUAGUCAAGACCAAACUGAAGGUGGAGAACAAAUGGACACAAGUUGAGAUGUAAUUCUAAGCUCACAAAGGAUCUCACAAAGGUUGUUAGGUAAUAGUUUUCUGUGUCGGUGAAAAUGAUUUUAUAUGAAACUAGGCUAAGUCGUGUGGUUGAAACUUUGGGGAUUUUUGUACCCGGCUGACCGCUUUUUUACUGUGCUAAUGUGUAAAUAUAUUUACUAUUUUAUUAGUAUAAUUUUGAUUUAAGUUAUUUAUGCA